GCCACUCCGCCGCGGUAGUGGCGGUAUUGGCAAUGGUGGGUGGAGUUACUUGUCUACGCUCUGGUGCGGUUCGGGUUGUACAUGGAGAGCUCUAUCAGUAGGGUGUCUUCGGCCAACUCAAGAACAACAUGCUCGGACUCGUCGGUGGAUACAUCACUUUUGUCGGAACUCGAUGAUGCGCACAGGGCUCUGCUGGGUGGCGGUGACGAUGGUGCUUCGUCAUCCGGAGCUCGACUCUUUGCUCGACUUGAAACGUUUGCCUUCAAUGCACUCUUUGCCAUCGUCUCCCGCUCGUCGUCGACGGCCAUCUUCUCCAUCCUCGUCCUCAUUAUCGAGUUUGGCCAGCUAGCAGCCUUUGCCUUUUCACCAGUCUUUGAGUGGGGACCAUGGGCCGAGGUCUCUCUCCAGCCGCUGCUCUCGGCUGUCUCGUUGAGGGUGGUGUUCUCUUCCUUUGCUGCCUUUCGUGUCGUCAAUCUCGUAGUCUACACCGCGCUCAUCUGCGCCGGGCUCGAUGCGGCGUAUGUAGGCCUCGCGCUUCGUGACCACUCGCGGUCCAAGGUCUGGCCGCUGCGGCUGCUGCGGUACGCCGUCGGCUUUGCUGUCACCGUUCUCUACAUUCCGAUCAUGAGCGUGCUGCUCACGCCGCUCGCCUGCGACUACGAGGCAUCGCCGGCGGUCCUCCGCGACUACCCGUCCGUCGCGUGCUGGGAUGCCGAGGUAUCGGUCUAUCGCAUAGUCUCGGGCCUCUUUGCGCUGAUUUUUCUCGUCGCCACGGCCGCUCUCUCGCUGGUGUACUUUCAGGACGCGCCCGACGCACCACACUUGCUUGCGCGGCCGCACGCGCGGGUCGAUUGCGCCACCCACGUGGUCAAGACCGUUCUGCUGUUCGCCUUUGCCACAGCGGCCCAUCAUCCCGGCCUGCUUGCCGCUAUAUUCAGCCUCUCGAUGUUUGCCAUCUUUGUGCUGCAAGUUCUCUUCAUGGCGUUGUACCGGCUACGGCUGCAGUUGGCACGGACAGGCGGAUUUUUGACACUCACCUGGCUGGGUGCGAUGGCGCUUGCCACGGUCUCGGCCAACGGAAGACCGAGCGACGACGGCUCGGGAUCCGGCGGCAACAGCGUGUUUGUGACGGCAGCGGCGCUUGGGCCGAUUGUGCUGCUGGCAGGCGGUAUGCUGGCGUACCUGCGGCUGGCGCGGCUGCGGCGUGCCAACUCGACGAACGCGAUCGGCGCUGAAGCAAGCGCGACGCCGCCAUCCGAGCCGGUGUACCACUUCUGGCUGGCAACCGACGUCGAGCUUGUGGUUCGCGAGCAUUUGGCGAGCGGCAACGUCGACGCCGCCAACGCCGUCUUCCGCGCCGGCUUUGAGCAGUUUCCUAACUCGGUCUUUGUGGUUCUUUGCUACGUGCGGUUCCUUGCGAGCGUAGGCAACACCGCGAUGGCGCACGCGUACCUCGACAAGUCUCUCAAGCUCCCAGCGUGGGUCGACCUCCGGUUCUCGCGAUACCGCAAGAUGCGCGAGGUGGAGCAGGCGCAGCUCGCGCGAGGGCUAACGACAGGCUCGAUGGACCUCGUCUCGUACGUACAGUUUGAGAGCAUGCUGCGGACGGCCAAGAUGCACCACAACUCGGCGCUGCGGGCGGUAGGUACGUUCUGGCGGACGCUAAUGCGAUCAGACCGAGCGUUCCUAGAGCGGUCGGCCAAGCUCAUUGCGCGGAUCGACGAGUCGGAGCGAACCGCCAACAACUACUACCGCCAACUGGUCCGCAAGUAUCCGACCGCGCCAGGCCUGCUGGCAGGAUAUGCCAACUUUCUGGACGAGGUCUCCAACAAGCCGGUCCUCGCGGCGCGCUUUCUGGCCAAGGCCAAGCGGCUCGAAGACCUGACCGCCGAGGUUGACGGCGAGCAGCCUGUAGCCGGCGAAGCACUGGCUAUGAUCAACGGCGCCGUCGACGCGCUCAUCACCCUUGCCGACGACGGCACAGUCGUUUCGGCAAACGCUCACGCACGCAAGCUCUUGGGUCACACCACGGCGUCCUGCCGCGAGGAGCUACUCCGCAAGCCGUUUGGCGCGGUGCUCCUUGCUGGCCCUCUCAGCAAGUCUGCCGACGCGCUGCUGGAGAAAGCAGCCGAAUCGGAUGCGGUGCCGAUGAGGCUCAAUAUCAAGCGGUGGAAACGUGACGCACUCUCGGCGCUGGUAACCUUUGCGCGCGUUCCACAUGCGACCAGCAGUCAGAUCAUGAUGAUUGUGCGGCCGGUGCCACCGGCGGACGCGAGCGUCACGCUUUACUGCGCGCGGUCGGGAGUGGUCGUCGAUGUUGUUGGUCCCGUCGAGCACAUGAACGGAGUGCGGCCCGAGACGCUCGCCGGGCAGGCGCUUACAGACGUGCUCGCCGGGCCGGUCUCUGACGUGCUCGGCUGGUUGGCGCGGGCUGCACCGGGCGGACCCGACGCCGAGCUCAUUCCGGAGACCGCAAGCGUUCACACCCGGAGUGGCACGGCGCGUCAGGUUGUUGUUUCGGGCAUGUAUGCGUUUGGUCGCGGCCCGCUUGCGAUUGGCGCGGUCCUGCUGGAGCCGCUCGACGCGCAUGCCAUGGAACUCACUGUCUCGCCCCUGGGGCAGAUCCUGGCGUGUCCUUCGGCAUCGGCCAGUGCGCUGUUUGGCCGCACCGAGGCCGAGCUCCUCGGCCAGAGACUCGACACCGUGUUUGCGCUCCCUGAUAAUGUCGAGACAGCCACCGUGGCGGCAACGAUUGCGGCUGCGACGGAAAGGCGGGCGGAGCGGGUAUUUGAGGCGGCAGGCGCGGCGAGCCAUGCUCCGGUCGAGUGCUGGGUUGUCGACGACGAAGAGCUCCUGGCGAUGAAACAGAUGGCGGCACGCAGCCUGUCGGGUGCGCCACUUCCAAUGCUUCCGGCGAGCGAUCAUGCUGGGCCUGGCGAGGGCUUGGCGCUACUCAAGUCGCAUCAGCAUCCGCGGUCACACAGCUCGACCUGCUUUCUUGUUGUUGCGUCCGAGGUGACGAGCGGAACGGUCAAGCUCGCACUGCUCCCACUUACGGCGCCGCGGGUAGGAAUCGGGCGUGGACGAUUGGGCGGCAGCCCUCGAAGUAUUGGAUCAAUAACGCGACGCAAGUCAGCGCGGACCGAUUCAAUUGCCGGCCUCCUCUCGCCGUUUGAGUCAUUUGAUUCGGGCACGACCGGCAAGCACGUUCUGCGGCGCGGUGGUUCGCAAGGGAGCGAGCUGUCUGCAAGGAGCAAGGGUGCGAGCAAGGGUGCGAGCAAGGGUGCGAGCAAGUCGUCGUUGACCAGUUUUGAUGCCGUUGACGAACGGGCUUCCGACGGCGCGCCGUCGCUUGUCUCAGCGACCGAGCAGCGGAUGGUAGCGUCGAGCCGUGGGCGGCUGCUGAGCCGGCGGCGGGCGGCGCGCAACGAGUCGGAUGUGGCGAUUGCGCUGCGCGCGCUGCGGGGCAAGACGACGGCGUCGAUCACGCGGCUGCAGCGGCGGCUGUGUGCGUUCACCAUUGUGGUUGCCGCACUCUGCAUUGCCGUGUACAUAGCGUCGGUCAUGCUCCUGGCCGAGGCCGAGCUCAAGCCGCCGCGGGCCGAGUGGGCGGCGUUGCGGCUACAGUCGAUGUCGCGGACAGUGUCGGCGAUCCAGUCGCUGCAUGUUCUGGAGCGGGGACUUGCGGUGCGUUACGCGACCGAGGCCAAUGCAUCGAGUGUGUGGCGCGCGAUGGUACCGCGGCUGAAGGAGCUCAACGCGCUGAUGACGUUUGAUACGGCGUUUGUGGACAACUCGCCCCGGUCGCUGGCCACCCUCACGAAGCGGAUUGCGACGGCUACAGCAAACAUGCGGUAUUACCACGGGCGACUGGCGGACACGUCGGGACUGUACGAUCCCGGCGCGCGGCUGGACAAGCUCAACGGUGGCGCGCCGCAAGUUGCGAUCUACCACUUUGACGGCGUCGAUGCCAUGUUUGAGUCUUUUCCAGCAGCACCAAAGCGCAAGCUCAGGAUGACUGCCGGUGGGUACAACUUGGACGAAGCCAUUGAGCUGUUUGCAGACGUGGCAGAGCGUUACUUGACGGUCGUGAGCGCAAGGAUCGAGUCUGGCGACUACGCAGUGCGUAAUACCAGCAGCGCUGCAGCUGCUGAUGCGAGCGACUACGAGCUGGAGGACGGGAUCGGGACGAGCGACAUGGCCAUGUUUGUGAUGUUCAACGGGCGCAAGUCGCUGCGGCGGGCGUUCGAGCACGCGCUUAGUCUGGAGGAUCGCAUGGUGGAGGGAUCGAUGCAGCAGUCGACUGUGGUGGUGUGCUCACUCACCGGUCUCCUUGUUGGUCUCCAUCUGGUGGUCAUCGGCGUGGUGGUGUUUCCGGCGUUCAGGCAGACCUCGUUGCGGCGGAGGCGGACGGUUGCGGUCUUCCUCGCCAUGCCCAAGUCUGCUGUGUCGAUACUGGUCCGGGAGAGUCGCCGAUCACGGGCGCAGACCGAUGUUAGCGCCGAGACCGAGGUCGACGAUGUUAUCGAUGAGGACUCGUCGUCGUCGGAGCUGAGUAUGAUCUUGUCCGCGAGUUGCUCUGCUGAUGACAGCACAGCGUCAAGCGAGGAGAGUAGUGACGAGCAAUGUGUCGACACCGUGCCGAACGUGGCGGUGCAGGCGGCGUCGCCGGCAAGCUGGGCGCUUCCAUCGCCAAGCCUCAUUUCCACCCCACCGCCGCUUGUGGCGGUACCGGUGCCGAUGUCGCCGCUGUCGCAAGUGUCUUCGGCAUCGCUUGAAGCCUCGUCUGAUAGCCGCAAGGUUGUGACGAGGACCGAUUCGUCGUCGUCAGGCUUAUCGGACUCUGGGGCCAAGGUGGGCACGUCAUCGUCGUCGUCGACGCUGUCUGCGUCUAGUACGAGCGGAUCGGAGCAGGAUGAGCUCCAUGAAGAUGUGCGCGAGAAGCGGCGGGUCGGGUUCCGACCAGAUGUAGUUGUGGUGGAUGCAACUGCGCGUCCGCUUGCCUCGCGUGAGAGAUCUGACGCUAGCGAGGUCGAGGCCGAGCGGCGGAAGACAAAGCGAAAGGGCAAGAGCGUGGUCGAGCUUGCGGCGAAAACGGCCGGGCGUGACAGUGUCGAAACGCGACAGCGCUUGGUGCUGGGGGCGAUGGUGGGACUGGUCAUUGUUCUCGGCUUCUCGCUCGUCUCGCUUGUGGAGCUGCAGUACAUGGCGAACGUGUCGACGGCGACGGCGCGCGGCGGGCUGCGGCUCGCGCUCAGCGAGGACGUGCGCGACUUUGCGAUCGAGCUCAUGCUGGAGGACGAUGUUGUCCUUGACCAGUUUUCGAGUGUGAUACUUCCAUUCGACGUCCUUCCGUGGGUUGAGAUGGUGGCGCUGCCGCUGCCUGAGUCGGUGUGGAUGUCACUCGGAGACGAACAAGCGUCGACGCGUGAGCUGCUCGAGGGUGCGCUGGAUCGGUUCCGGACAGUUGAGCAGUAUCUUCACCUUAACCGACACAACAGCUUCAAAAUUCCGGAGCAGAGCUGGUUGCAGGCACCCGGGACAUGCCUGCGGCGCAAUGCAUCGCUCUGUCGCAGCGAAGGCGAGCUGCUCUACACCGUGACGUCGCAGGGACUGGGCCAGCUUGUGCUCGAGUACAUCAAGCGCGGGCGGGCUGUUGCGCGUGCGCGGCCAGAGGCGCUAACCCCUGAGCUGCGGCCGCUAUGGGAGAUCGAGGACCUGUACGACAAGGAGAUGCUCGAUGGGCUGCGGCUCUCGACAGCGCUAUACGUCGACUCGGUCGGGCGGCGCGGGCUGUGGCGGCAGCUCCCGUUGAUUGCGCUCGUAGCGCAGCUUGUCAUUUUCCUUGCCUUUCUCCUCGGCGUCAUCGUUCCGCUCGUCCGCACUCUUCAUGCCCACAAUCGGCGGACCAUGUUCAUGCUUGGCCUUAUUCCGCAUGAUGUGGUGCAGAGCGUGGAGAGCGUGUCUGUGUUUUUCGAGAUGGAUGCCACCAUGGUGUAACCGCAGCCAUUGCCCUGUGCUGGGAGAUGAGUGGCAUAGUGCGUACCCAUGAUGAACAUACACGAUUAACAUGAUGGGCAUACAUGAAA